GGCGGCGCAGCCAGGCCGCCACUCGCUCCUCCCUUGUCGCCGCCAGCGCGUCGAAGCCCUUGACACGCUCUCGCCCCCGUCCCGUCGCCAUGUCGAGCACGUCAGCCAAGCGUCCUUCGGCCAAGCGCGCCCAUCCCAAGUAUAGCGAGAUGAUCGCCGCCGCCCUCAGGGCCCUCAAGGAGCGCAACGGGUCCUCCCGCCAGGCCAUCCUCAGGUUCAUCGUCGCCUCCUUCCAGGUCGGGGAGGAGAGGGCCGCCGGCGUGCACCUGAAGCAGGCGCUGAAGAGGGGCGUCGCCGCCGGGUCCCUGCAGCAGACCAAGGGCGUCGGCGCCUCCGGCUCCUUCAAACUUUCCAAGGAGGAAGUCAAGAAGAGCACCGUGAAGAAGACGAAACCAGCUGCGACCAGCAAGAAACCCGCCGCAGCGAAGGCGACAGCGAAGAAAGCCACUGGUAAAAAAGCCACCAACAAAAAAAUAACGAAUACGAAAAGCGAGAAGGCAAUAACGAAGAAAAAAUUGGCCAAAAACACCACCACAAAAUCCACAGCGAAGAAGGUCACUCCAAAGUCCUCGACAAAGAAACCGACCACCAAAAAGGCCUCUUCGAAGGCCACCACUAAGAAGGCGACCAACAAGAAGGAGGCCAACAAGGCACCGACGAAGAAAGCAGCAGCGAAGAAGACCAAGGAAACGAAGAAACCCGUCGCUAAGAAAGUAUCCACGAAGAAUGUCAAAACAACAAAGAAACCCGGAGCAACAAAGCCUACCACGAAGGCGUCAAAGAAACCCCAGACCAAAACAACAAAGAAGUCUGCAACAAAGAAACCCCAGACAAAAACAACAAAGAAAGUUUAGAGGGAGAGCCUAUAACUUAAGUGCUUGAUGCAAAGGACUGAAAUACGUUUAUAAUACGACGAAGACCAAUUUGCUUCGUGUCGGACUAUAUGAUUUUUUUUUUUUUGUAUUUAGAUAUAUUUCAAAUAAAUGUAUACGAUUA